AGGAGAGGCGCUGGAGAGGAGGACUCACACACGUCCACACACGCACUCUCCUAUUCACACGCACGCCUCGCACACGCACGGGCGCACAGAAAGACGACGGAAGGUCACCGGCUUCUGAUUUGGACGUUUUCUUCUUACGCUGUGUCAGGUGCCAAAGUUUCCACGGAGCGCAUGAGGGCGAGCGACUGUCUGCGGCCGGAGGGGAAUAAACAAUUGAUCAGAAACUUGCUCCGUCUCAGUCUCGCCGCUGUUGGACUGUUAUCACUGCACAAAGACUUGGAAGUUUGAAAAGAAGCAACGGACUCGAGUAAAGCCGAGCCAGGACGCACAAAAGGGGACACAAACUCUCCAGGUAUGGCGGCGGUGUUGCCCCGGACACUGGGGGAGCUACAGCUCUACCGGAUCCUGCAGAGGGCCAACCUGCUGUACUACUACGAGGCCUUCAUCCAGCAGGGCGGCGACGACGUGCAGCAGCUGUGUGAGGCAGGUGAGGAGGAGUUCUUGGAGAUCAUGGCUCUUGUGGGCAUGGCCAGUAAACCUCUGCAUGUGCGUCGGCUGCAGAAGGCCUUGAGGGACUGGGUCACUAACCCUGCAAUCUUCAACCAGCCGCUCACCUCUCUGCCUGUGUGCAGCAUCCCAGUGUACAAGCUCCCAGAGGGCUCCCCCAGCCUCCUCCCCGCUCAGGACCGCCCCAGCAGUGCCAAGAUGCACAAAGCCCUGUCCUGCUCUGACCCCGGGAAACUGGAAGUCACCCGGGAGAAAGUGUCAGCCUCUCCUCUGCAGGGCGGCAGUGAGACGCGCUUCUGGUCGGGCCACAGUAACGACAGCGAACACAGCUUGUCCCCGUCUGACUUGGGCUCCCCCUCUUCGCCCAGGGAGGGGCUGGAGGCUCUGGAUGCCGCCGCGGUACAGUCGGUGCUGGAAUGUGUGGAGAGGAUGGCUCCAGGACUGCCCAAGAGUGACAUCAGUGAGGUCAAAGAGCAGCUCAAGACCAACAAGAAACUGGCCAAGAUGAUCGGACACAUCUUCGACAUGAGCGAGGAGGACCCACGUAGAGAGGAAGAAAUACGCAAGUACAGCGCCAUCUAUGGCCGUUUUGACUCCAAAAGAAGGGACGGGAAGCACCUAACGCUCCACGAGCUAACAGUGAACGAGGCAGCAGCCCAGCUCUGUAUGAGGGACAUGGCUCUGCUUACCCGUCGGGACGAACUGUUUGGGUUGGCCCGGCAGAUCUCCAGAGAGGUCACCUACAAGUACACCUACCGCACCAGCAAAUCUCGAUGUGGGGACAGAGAUGAACCCUCUCCGAAAAGAAUCAAAACAGAGGAGAACUUUUUCGACCUCCAGGAGGCUCUGCAGGCCAUCCACAUGAGGCAGGAGAUGCUGAGGGAGCAGUUAGCCUGUGCCAAAUCCAAAGGAGAGGAGACUGUAGGGCGCAACUUACAGAUGCAGUUGGAGCGUCUGCUAGCCCGACAGAUGGAGAUUCUCCAGGACGCGGCAGUGCAGGAGAGACUACAGGCUCUGGACUGGAGGAUCCCCCCUGCAGCCCUCAAGUACCUCACUGACCCCCACCACAGCAGCAGUAACGGUGCAGCAGCGGACCCCAUCAGGGAGCACCAGGAUGAGCGUCCCAUGAACCUACGUGUGGUCAGUCAGAGCAUGGCGGAGGGGGAGCUGCCUCUGGGGAAGCAGCUAGCCAACGAGCUAAAGCGUCACCACAACCACAACAACAGCAGCAGCAACCAUAACAACAACAACAACAACAACAAUACCAACAGUAACACCAACAGUAACAGUCACAGCUCAGAGGAGGCCAAGGCUCCAGCAGCAGAAAAUGGCACAACGCAGCGUGGACCAGGCCCCACCGAGAAGAAGACCAUCAAGUCAGAACCGGAAGACUCCACAUAGUGCCUCCCAGGUCCCGCCCCCUCACACAUAAGCCCCUCCCCUGAUCCUUCACCCCUCCCUCUCAUCCACGCCCCUCCCCCGGUUCCUCACCUGAUCAUAUGCAGCUCUAGACCCUCAGUAGAUACUAAGCACAGCCACAGGAGAGCCUUAACAACCAGCGAUGCCUCAGAAAUAGCAUUUAUUUUUAUUUCGUUGAUAUCUUAUUUAAAUUUGCCAAAACGUGGACCACUCGGAGGUGUGCGUGCCGCCGGUCCCUGUCUGCUCACUGCAUGUUGUAAGUGCUGUUGUCCAUAGUACAUGUAUAAUAUCUACAGGUCUUUUUGUUAACUUGUUCAGAUCAAGAAGUAAACUGUGAUGCAGGGGCUGAGUCAUAUUUCAUAGUAGUAACAAAAUAAUUUUAAAAAGACUUGCAUGAUGAAAUGUAUUGCUAAUAUGAAUUGUUCUAAAACCAAGUAUAUCCCUUUUAAUGUAGCUUAAUGCUAAAGAUGAUUAGACAUUUGAGAGAACCAAAACUCCAACAAGCAUUUGGUUAAGAUUAGAUUAUAGUAAAAUGUGAAAAAAAAAAAAUUAAAUCAUUUUUGA